AUGUCGAGAUGUCGCGACAGGACCGAGGCCUGGCGUCACUCACAUGAUGGCUGUCGCUGUCUAGGCUUGCGCUACGCUGCACUCGACUGGCUCGACUCCCGCUCUGUCCCGUCGACGGAUCAGCCGCGGCGACCGGUCGUCACGCGUACGAUGAGCACAAAGGGCGCAGACGGGCGACAGAGGCCUAAGCUUCCGCCGCCGAGCAAUGUCUUCAACAACUGGUGGUUCACCUACACAGGAGGUUUCUCGUUCUCCAUGUAUGAGCCAUGGGAGAUGAUUUCUUUUCACAUCUUCGUCAUACUCCUGUUCGGACUGCUCACUUACGCUACCGUUGCAUAUCUGCCAAGUCAUAUUCGCGUCAUAUCACAGCGUGCCAUGUACUACCUCUACGGCGAAGGUCAGGGAAUAGUGUCAAUCUGA